CUAGUCCGUUAAGCUUCUUCAGGUUUGAAAAUGUACAAGAAAGUGUUCUUUGCCUCAUUGGUGUUAGCCAUGGCCAUGGCUGCUCCACCAAAGGAAUCAUCAGACGUACGAGUUGUCCGAGAUGCUGCCCGUAGUGGAAUGGAUGCCGAUGCUACCGUCCAUACCCAGGAUCAGAUCAUCAACGGUGACGGUAGCUAUGCGUACAACUACGAAACUAGCAACGGAAUACGGGCCAACCAGCGAAGCGACAACGGCAUCGACGCCAACGGGGAAUUCUCGUUCGUUGCUCCGGACGGUGUCGAAUACCGGGUGACGUACGUUGCCGAUGAGAGCGGUUUCCAGCCACAGGGUGCCCAUCUUCCGGUAGAACCUCCAGCGCCAGAUCACGUGAUCAGGAUGCUGGAGGAUCUGCGUGCUGCCAACAAUCCUGAUUUUGAUAUCGGCAAUCUGGACGCUACCAUUGCCCGAUUGAAGGCUACUCAGGGGUAA